AUGAGCUCCGGAGCGGCGGCGGCGCCCAUCUUCGCCGAGGGCGAGGACUGCAGGGCGGCCUGGAGGGAAGCCACGGCCGGCUACGAUGAGCCCGAUGCCCACCUGGAGAUCCUGGGCAAGCCGGUGAUGGAGCGCUGGGAGACGCCCUACAUGCACUCGCUGGCCACCGUGGCUGCGUCGAAGGGUGGCCGUGUGCUGGAGGUGGGGUUCGGGAUGGCCAUCGCUGCCUCCAAGGUGCAGGAGCAGGACAUCGAGGAGCACUGGAUCAUCGAGUGCAACGAGGGCGUUUUCCGGCGCCUGCAGCACUGGGCCAAGGCACAGCCACACAAGGUGGUGCCCCUGAAGGGGCUGUGGGAGGACGUGGUGCCAACGCUGCCAGAUGGGCACUUCAGUGGGAUCCUGUACGACACCUACCCGCUGUCGGAGGACACCUGGCACACGCACCAGUUCAACUUCAUCCAGGGCCACGCCUUCCGCCUGCUGCGGCCAGGAGGGGUCCUCACCUACUGCAACCUCACCUCGUGGGGGGAGCUGCUCAAAAGCAGCUACAGCGACAUCGAGAAGAUGUUUGAGGAGACCCAGCUGGGGCCGCUGCUGCAGGCGGGGUUCAGGAGGGAGAACAUCAGCACCAGCGUGAUGGAGCUGCAGCCGCCCCCUGAGUGCCGCUACUACUCCCACCCCAGGAUGAUCACCCCCACCGUCCUCAAACACUGAGGGACCCAGCCCCAAGGCUCUGACCCCCUUUAAAACCCCGAGGGGUCGGAGCUGAUUGCUGCAGAGAUGGGUGGGGGUUUGGGAUGGGUUCCAGGGGAUGAAAGGACAGGAAACUCCCUGCCCCAGGAGCCCCCUGCCCUGGAGGGGUUUUGUGAUCUCACCCUGCUCUGUUCCCUCAA